AUGUGUUCCAACCCCGGGGGAAUUAGUUGCGCAUUGUUCACGUGCAUUACGAGUUACAUUGCGCAACAACCACAUGAAAACACACCGUGGGUCUGGUACGCGACGCACCCGCGGUCUGCGCUUGCGAUGAUUGCAACACCGUCGAAGCAGCAGCGAUACGUGUAUCAGCGACUCCCAUCAGUGGAUAGUGAUGGGAAAAUGACAGUUAGGGCGAACAUUUCUCUCCAUGGUGUGAAACUGAAUGGAAGUACCGUCCGCGUGCCGUUGCUGGCGGCGGCAGCGCAUGUGAAGUUAGCUGCAGCACUAGGCAAGUGUCCUGUCCGUGCGAUAUUUGACUCCAAUUGCGUUAAAGCAUUGGGUGAUUUCUUUAACUCCCUUCAACGUGCCUCAGGUGGUUGCCUGGUAGUGGAGUUGCUCCGGCUUCAGACCACUGAAUUCGGUGCUCUGUUGGAACGCCAUCGGCUGCGACCAGCUCAAGUACUUGAUAUCCUUCGGACGGUGGUAUGUCUUGUGCUGGAGGGGGCUUGCGAAGUGGACCUCACACCCAUGAUUGUACAUGAGUUGACUAAAUUGCAGUCCCUUCAUGUCUCAGGUGGAAAUUUAUCCUCGCUCUCUGCCCUCCGGGGUUCGAAGACACUGUUGGACAUCGAUGUAAGUGGUGUGUCCAUCACGCACCGCGACGUUAAUUUAUUGGGUCAAAUGGCACAACUGCGCAGCUUAGUCGUUGAUGGUUGCACGGGCGUCAUAAGCCUUACACCAUUUACCGGUCAUCCCUCGUUGCGUCACCUUUCGGCGGCAGGGUGUCCGAAUCUUCGUCAGGUGGGAUCACUCGGUACAAUUCCAACCUUGGAAUACGCAAAUAUAUCCAGUACUGCUGUUUCUUCCGAGGACCUUCGACGGGGUCUUAAGGGUUUUAUGGGAAUUCGUGGGCUUGUUCUCGAUCAGCUGAGCUUUGGUGAAGUGGAAGGGACAAUUAGGACUCACAGGACUCACUGGAAGGUACAACGCCUCUCGCUAAAAGAUGUGAGGUGUCCCAGGUACACGUGGGUAGCAACCGCAAUAUGCCUUGGCGAUUUGUACUUGGAUGGCACGCGCCUCAUUGAAAGAGAGUUGUCGCUGCUAUGCUCAUCGCUCAUAUAUCUGGAAAGGAUUUCCAUUGCGAGAUGCAUGUGGCUCGUGACGUCCCUCAGAAGCCUUUUGGCUUUGAAACACAUCCGCGAGGUGACCGUCUCCCGCCGCAGUUUGCUGGAGGAGAAUGGCGUGGCAGAGUUGUGCGGAAGGGGGGUACGUUGCCACAUUUGCUCCAUGUAA